UAAGGUAUCUGCCGGCCUGGCUUCCGGGGGCCAAAUUCGUCCGGAUGGCAGACAGCAUCCGGAAGACUGCCACAGCUUUCUGUGAUACGCCGUGUACAUUUGUCAAACAACGACUAGCCCAGAGUGACUACCGUCCUUCCUUCCUCUCGAACUCGCUCCGGAAUCAAGAAGGGUUGUCAGAGGCCGAUGAGUCCGUGCUGAAAUGGUCCGCCGCAGCGAUAUAUGCUGGAGGGGCAGAUACUACCGUGUCGACCUUGGCUACGUUCUUUCUCGCUAUGACUCUCUAUCCGGAAGUCCAGGCUAAGGCACGAGCGGAAAUUCAAUCCGUCUUAGGGUCGGAUCGUCUUCCUGGCUUUCAAGAUAGAGACAACCUCCCGUACAUCAAUGCCAUAGUGAAGGAGACUCUUCGCUGGCAUGCCACUGUCCCCGUCAUCACACACAAAUCCAUCGCCCCCGAUGUGUGCGAAGGAUAUGACAUCCCGGAGGGAUCUUGGGUCAUGGCUAACGUCUGGGCUAUGAACCACGAUCCAAAAACCUACGUUGAUCCCUUUUCCUUCAAGCCGGAACGCUUUCUAGGCUGCGAGGGGCGUGCGCCCGAACCUGAUCCACAUACCUUUGGAUUCGGUCGACGAAUAUGCCCUGGACGCAACCUGGCCAGAGCGAACGUCUACCUGACCGUUGCGCAAUCUUUGGCUGCUUUCCAGAUCAGUAAGCCGAGGAAGAAUGGCACUGAGAGUGACUUCCGCCCAGAGUUCCAAGCAGGGUUUGUCAGCUCGCCAGCCCCGUAUGAGAUCGACAUUCGGGUCCGCAGUCCGGCUUAUGAGAACCUCAUUCGCACGGUGGAGACCGAAUAUCCCUGGGAACAAAGUCACUCCAAAGAGAUUAAAUCGCUUGCUUCCUGA